AUGGACCCACCAAGGCUAUCUGCCGACGAUGAAGGCGCCCCUACCGAUCCCGAGGAGCUGCAGGAGUACAUCUCCCUCCUUGCGUCCGACGACGACCGCUCGUCCAUAGCAUACGAGCUUGAGGCCCUCGAAUCAAUCUAUCCCGGAUCUAUACGUCUCCGCUCUCCAGGCCCGUCGCGCGUCAACUCGCCUUCUGUGUCAUCGCCUGCUGGCUCUUCCGCUGGCUGGGAGGACGGAGCAGAGGAUGUGCCCAAAAACGCGCCUCUGUUGCAGCUGCUGGGGAGAUAUGUGGGCGCGUUCCCUAUCGAUUCUGGACUUUUCGGCGACAUUACCCGCACGUAUAUCACCUCUGCAGGCGUCCCCUUUGUCCCCGGGGACGUAUGUGUCUUUGACGGCCUGGUCCAUGUCCAGUCCCUCGUGGGCACAUGGCACGCCGCGCGGGUCGCAGAGGUAGGCGCUGGCGAGGCAGCGCGUACGGGCGGUCGCUCGGGCACCGGCGCGUCUACACCCGCUGAGCGCGACCCUGCUCCGUCCCGCGCAGAGGCCGCAGCAGUGGAAGCGUCACUUGCGCGCCUGGCACUGGAGAGACCCAAGCCCUCCGCCAAACCCGCUCGGCCACUGCCGAAACUGUUCACGUCCGAGCCCAUCCUGGACCGGAAGAGUGCGUUUGUCGGACACGCGUGCAAGAUCACCGACGAGGACGACGUUAUGGCCGUCGUGGCACACCUGCUAGAGGACAAGAGGGUUGCGCGGGCGGCUCAUCCGACCAUCUGGGCGUAUCGUGCCGUGAGGGAGGCUGGGGGUGCGGCUGGGCGGGUGGUUGAGAGUGACUAUGACGACGAUGGCGAGACCCAAGCCGGCUCACGGCUCAAGCACUUGCUCGACAUCCUCGAGCUCGAGGACGUGCUCGUGGUGGUGACGAGGUGGUUUGGCGGCAUUCACCUGGGUCCUGAUCGGUUCAAGCACAUCAACCAGGCUGCGAGAGACGCACUCGAGCUUGGUGGGUUGUUGGAUGAGGUGAGCGGCGGAGGGGGAGGAAAGAAGAAGGGUAGAAAGUAG